GUCUUCUACCAGUCGCCUCUUCCCACCCACCCUCACCAGUGGCUGGUAUCAGGCAGGAAUCCAUUACAGAGGUGGAUAUCCCACCACACGUCUUGACUCCAAGGCAUAUGAUUAUUGCUGGUAGGUGUGAGGAUAUUGGCAGGCAUCACCCCAGGCUGGGUCAGUCCCUCAGGAAGAAGCUACAGCGCAAGCUGUCCGAAAGACUUUCAUGUUCUCUCUCCCUGCAGUGGAAUCUCGUGUGUGACAACGACUGGAAGGGACCCCUCAGCACCUCCCUGUUCUUUGUGGGCGUCCUGCUUGGAUCUUUCAUAUCGGGACAGCUCUCAGACAAGUUUGGCAGGAAGAAUGUGCUGUUUGCGACCCUGGCGAUGCAGACUGGCUUCAGCUUCAUACAGGUCUUCUCUACCAGCUGGGAGAUGUUUUCAGUGUUGUUCAUGCUGGUCGGCAUGGGACAGAUCUCCAACUAUGUGGCAGCGUUUGUUCUUGGCACAGAAAUCCUUGGCCAGUCGAUCCGGGUGCUGUUCUGCACGCUGGGCGUUUGCAUAUUUUAUGCAUUUGGCUACAUGUUGCUGCCACUGUUUGCUUACUUCAUCAGGGACUGGCGGAUGCUGCUGCUGGCGCUCACUUUACCUGGGCUGCUCUGCAUCCCGCUCUGGUGGGUCAUUCCGGAAUCUCCACGGUGGCUGAUAUCCCAGGGAAGGUUUCAGGAGGCAGAAGACAUCAUCCGAAAGGCUGCAAAAACUAAUGGCAUUACAGCCCCAGAUGUGAUACUGCACCUGAGUGACCUGCAAGACCUGAAUUCCCAGAAGCAGCAGACAUACACCAUUUUGGAUCUAGUGAGAACCCGAAAUAUCCUCACUAUCACGAUUAUGUCAGUGAUUAUUUGGAUGAUAAUCUCUGUUGGUUAUUUUGGACUGUCUCUUGACACACCUAACCUGCAUGGAGAUGUCUAUGUGAACUGCUUCCUCUCAGCAGUGAUUGAAGUUCCAGCCUACAUUAUUUCCUGGCUGCUGCUUCGAAAUCUCCCGCGACGGUACUCAAUGGCUGCUGCGUUAUUCUUGGGAGGCUGUGUUCUUCUCUUCAUUCAGCUCGUGCCUUCACAUAUUCGUCCACUGUCUAUUCUGCUGGUGAUGCUGGGGAAAUUUGGGAUCACAUCUGCCUUUUCAAUAGUUUAUGUUUACACGGCUGAGCUCUACCCAACCGUAGUGAGAAACAUGGGAGUUGGAGCGAGUUCCAUGGCCUCUAGACUGGGCAGCAUUCUCUCGCCUUACUUCGUUUACCUCGGUGCCUAUGACCGAUUCCUGCCUUACAUCUUGAUGGGGAGCCUGACUGUGCUAUCAGGAAUUCUGACUUUAUUUCUGCCAGAAAGCUAUGGUAUGCAUCUUCCAGACACAAUUGAUCAGAUGCUGUUGGUGAAAGGAUUAGAAUACAGACCUGCAUCUAGAAACAAAAGGGAUUCCAAAGAGGAAGAAGAAAAUCCAGAGAUCUUUAAAAGCACAGCAUUUUGAUGGAACUACUGUGUACUUUCCUGGUGCACUGAAAGUUAAAUGGACUCUUUCUUCUAAACUGCAUUCUAGAAAGGGCUAGUGGCAACACUUCCUGUAAUUUUAACCUUAUUUAUUAAUUUAAACACUGUGUUCCAUACAUUCUCUUUUUAUAUGA